AUGAGUUCGUCGACGCCAAAACCAGUGACAUUGGAAGGAAGUUGCCACUGCCAACGUGUGAAAUUUUCAGUCGAUUCAUACACACCGUAUCCGUACAUGAUCUGUCAUUGCCAUGCAGACACGAAAACAGCAGGUGUCUUUAACUGUAAUAUCAUGGGCGAAUAUUCAACAUUGAAAGUUAAACAAGGUCAAGAAUUUAUCAAAAUUUAUCAAGCAAAAUUAACAGAAACGGAAAGUGGUGCUGAUGAAAAAUCAACUGUAAAAUUAAGCAAUCACAAACGACAUUUUUGCAGUGAAUGUGCUUCGUAUCUAUGGGCUUAUGACGAUCGGUAUGCUCAAUGGGUUUAUCCAUUUGCAUCUGCCAUAGACACACCCCUGCCAAAACCGGAAGAAUAUAUUCAUAUAAUGACCGAUUUUAAACUUAAUCAUGUCGAAAUUCCAACUGGAAGUUUUAUUCACAGUUAUCCACGUUAUCCACAAGGAAGCAUUGAAGAAUGGCACAAAAAACAUGGCGUUUAUGGGACUUAUACAAUCGAAAAAUAA